AUCGAAAGACACAACAGAAUUAUAUCAUUUUCCAAGAACAUUGAAAAAUUUUUCUCUUUUAUUGCAUUAAUGCAAAUCGUUUGGAAUACGUUAGUUAUUUGUUUUCUAGGAUUUUUCAUCAUAAUUUGUAUUCAUAGCGAAAUUGGUAUUUUCGUGUUAAUAAAAACGGUUCUUUCCUACUUUGCUAUAAUGGCUGAAGCUUUCAUAAUUUGCUUUGCCGGAGAAUACCUUAGUCUCAAAGGUAAAUUAAUUACCAAUGCAAUAUAUGAAUCGCUGUGGUAUGAUAUUCCGUCUCGUCAAAGUAAAAUGAUAAUAUUUAUAAUAAUGAGAUCUCAGAAGCGAUUGGCGAUCACAGCAGGAAAAAUGAUGGAUAUGUCAUUUGACACAUUUACAAGUGUCAUGAAGGCAUCAGUAUCAUAUAUAUCCGUCCUGAAUGUAAUGUAUUGA